AUGGACUGGCACAAUAACACCACAGGCAGUAAUCAAUUUGGCCAAAGCCCACGGAAUUUUACGCGGCAAGGACUCGCGUCGGCACAAAGCUGGGCCUCACCUCACGACCAGCCUUCUAGCGGGCAUCGAGAACCUGCCACAUCGUACAGACAGGAUUACGUUCGUCAUGGUGGCGCCAACGACUUUGUGCGCCAGGAAUCUAUCGGAGAUUUCGAAGAAGUCCAUGGCAGAUCGAAUGAUCUACACGCCAUUCCUAGUCGACGGCAUAUGAGCAACCGUGGAGGGGAUUGGCAGUCAUCAAAUACACACGGUCUAGCCGAUGCUUCAGCUAGCCCUUGGUACCAAGGUGGCUCGAGGACCAGUCAUGAGUCUUCUUUUCGUGCACCGAGAAUGGGCUUUUCGAACAAUAUGCGAGAUAGACCCAGCGAAAGAGCCUUUCAAAGUCAUCGAGGUGUUGGCUCGACUAGUCGUCCUCGUCCAGUGAGCCAGCUUACGCCAACUCCAAACACCACAGCUGAAAAUAGUCUGGUAGAAGUGUUGUGUGGCAAGAUAACAUCGCCGAUUCCUGACCCUGAGCUCCAGUCUACGCUUUGGAGUAGCAGUCAUCAACACGAGCAAGAAUUACAUAACACGCCUUGGAGUAUUGCUCAACACGAAGGUCUGUCCUCUGGCGCUGACCCAGCUCAUAAAGUGAGGAGGGCAGUGGCAAUCGAUGUUACGCAUUGGAUCGGAACUCCACGGCACAUGUACACUCAUUUGCAACAGGCGACUCAAAUACCUGACUCGUCUAACGAAGUGACUAGCCCACCUGAAGCUCCAAUACAUAGACAGCAGGGACUCGAGCCGAGUACUCUUGCAAGGACCUUGUCAGCUACUACAUCGAAUACUCAAGGGUCUGAUGGGGGCAGACCAAAGCAGCGCCGACCAAAGCGAUGUUACGACGAGCCAGAAAGGCGUGAAGUUGCCUACAAGCGCGAGCAUAAGCUUGUCUGUGAAGUCCACAGGCAGAGGAAACAGAAGUGCAACUGCAACAUGAUGGCUGGUCUUGUUCCACCUCUUCUACCUACCGACACGCCUCCUCGUGUGACUAAGACCCGAAAAAAGCGAAAUAGCCUCUUAGAAAGCACAUGCACAAGUCCAACUACCGUUUCAUCGCCUCCACCUACUCUCCCACCGACUCCAACGAAGGCAAGCCGCAAUACCCGUGCCUACCGGCAAACGAAGAGUAGACCCACUACGUCACGUCCAACCUUCGUGCCAGAUCAUCAGGCAACAGAUUUGGAUGCCAUUGGGGGAGAAUUUGGCAACGAGGACAGCCGCUAUACUACGAAUCCCUAUGAUGCUGCUUUAGAAACAAACCUUCGUGAAAUGUGUAAUCAAUUCGACGCCGACAUUUCAAAUCACCUAGCUCAGGGACUGCCUCAACAAAAUCCUUACAACGGGGACAUCGAUUUUGACUUCGCCUGGGACAUGCGAAAACACUUCCAAAGAGAUUAG